AUGGUAACAUUUAAAGAUGUCUGGAAAUUUCAAAACAGUAAAGUGAUUGUGCACUUUGAUGAAGAUAGCGGACAAUCAAUCGGAGAGUCAGGAGGUCUACUAGGAUCAUGGUUAUGUCAAUUAAGUAAUGAUGUGAAUUUGCUACCCAUCAACUAUAGUGAUUGGAGGAUGGUUUAUCCUCACAUUAAGAACAAGGCAUGGGAAUCCAAAUUCAGGUUUGAAGAUCCACAAAUGAGAAAAAACAUUUGUGAUGGGUGCACUAGGUAG